CAGUAGGGAAAAGCGGUUGGUUAGUGUGCACUGAGUAGGCGGAGGCUGUUCUUUUCUUUCUCCAGAAGCUUCUCUCCGUUUGCCGGUAACACCGCCUCAACCUGCCGCCAAGAUGAUGGGCCGCCCGGUGCUCGUGCUCAGUCAGAACAUGAAGAGAGAGUCUGGCAGGAAGGUCCAGGCUGGGAACAUCAAUGCAGCCAAGACCAUCGCUGACGUUAUCCGGACCUGCCUCGGCCCAAGAGCGAUGAUGAAGAUGCUGAUGGAUCCGAUGGGUGGCAUCGUGAUGACCAAUGACGGGAACGCCAUUCUCAGAGAGAUCCAGGUGCAGCACCCAGCAGCCAAGUCCAUGAUUGAGAUCAGCCGCACACAAGACGAGGAAGUUGGGGAUGGGACCACGUCCGUUAUCAUCUUGGCCGGCGAGAUGUUGUCUGUUGCUGAGCAGUUUUUGGAGCAGCAGAUGCACCCAACAGUGGUUAUCAGCGCCUACCGCAAAGCUUUGGAUGAUAUGAUCGCUGCUCUUAAGGAGCUUAGCACACCUGUUGAUGUGAACGACAGAGAAAUGAUGUUGAAGAUCAUUAACAGCGCUGUGAGUACCAAGGCGAUAAGACGCUGGGCAGACCUCGCCUGUAACAUCGCCCUGGACGCCGUGAAAACCGUGGAGUUCGAGGAAAAUGGGAGAAAGGAGAUUGACAUCAAGAAGUACGCCAAAGUAGAGAAGAUUCCCGGAGGGAUCAUUGAAGAAUCCGAGGUCCUGCGUGGUGUCAUGGUGAACAAAGAUGUCACUCACCCCAAAAUGCGUCGGUACAUCAAGAACCCACGCAUCGUUCUCUUGGAUUGUUCUCUAGAGUAUAAGAAAGGAGAGAGCCAGACCGAGAUUGAAAUAACCCGGGAGGAGGACUUUACCCGCAUCCUGCAGAUGGAGGAGGAAUAUAUCCAGCAGAUCUGUGAGGACAUCAUCCGCCUCAAGCCGGACCUUGUGAUCACAGAGAAGGGGAUCUCUGAUCUUGCUCAACAUUACCUGGUAAAAGCCAACAUCACAGCCAUUCGCCGAGUACGGAAGACGGACAACAACAGAAUAGCCAGGGCCUGCGGGGCUCGUAUCGCCAGCCGUACGGACGAGCUGCAUGAUGAGGACGUGGGCACAGGGGCUGGUCUCUUUGAAAUCAAGAAGAUCGGUGAUGAGUAUUUCACCUUCAUAACGGAGUGCAAGGACCCCAAAGCAUGCACCAUUAUUCUGCGCGGGGCCAGCAAGGAAAUUCUGGCGGAGGUAGAACGCAACCUGCAGGACGCCAUGCAGGUGUGCCGCAACGUGAUGAUCGAUCCUUACCUGGUUCCCGGUGGCGGCGCCGCGGAGAUGACGGUGGCUCACAUCCUCACAGAGAAGUCUAAGAGCAUGACCGGCGUGGAGCAAUGGCCGUACCGUGCUGUGGCCCACGCGCUUGAGGUCAUUCCUAGGACACUCAUACAGAACUGCGGGGCCAGCACCAUCCGUGUGCUGACCUCUCUGAGGGCUAAGCACACCCAGGAGGGCUGCCAGAGCUGGGGCGUGGAUGGCGAGGCGGGGGUGAUCGUGGACACCAAGGAGCUGGGAAUAUGGGACCCGCUGGCCGUCAAACUGCAAACCUACAAAACUGCGGUAGAGACUGCCAUUCUGCUGCUCCGUAUCGACGACAUCGUGUCCGGUCAGAAGAAGAAGGGCGAAGACCACGGCCGGCCCGGCCCGGAGCCGGCACCCCAGGAAUGAGAGCGCCGGGGACACGAGACCGGAUUGCACCGAAGUCUCAGCCGGAAGCAGACGCAGCACUUGGAACAGCUGUCCCUCAUGCUGAUGGAGAUUUGUCUGUCCUCAUCCCCUAUACUGUAACCAGAAGGGGGGCAGCGUUUUGUAUUUAUUACUGUCUCAGGAGGGGGCCGGAGAAACCUUUAGGAGGAGCCGUUACUUGUAAUGCCACUCGGCGCUAAAUAAAAAUUCAUUUGGAAACCAAA